AUGGAGCGCACAAGACGCACGGACCUCACGCUCAUCUGCGGGCGGACGCUGAGCCAAUGGACCGAGAAAGGAAGAUCUGAUACUCUGAAGCAGUUGACACGCGCGUUGAGCGAUUAUCCAGGACGAGAGGCGGAGUCAGAGCUCCCUCGACUGCUUUAUGAGCUUGUUUGGAUCGUGCUGGACGCCAAGUUGACCAAACACCAAGUGAUGGUACUACUGAAGGAAGCAGAGCUGAUGACGUGCCCCAAGGCAUGCGAUCUUUUGAUAGAUCUACUGUGGGUCAUUGGCAAUGAAGUCGAGAUCGGUGAACGCGGCCAUGAGCGUCAUGCGUCGAGGGAGUGGCGCAAUCUGUGCGCACUGGUGAAAGCCACGGUUGACGAGAAGCUUUUGACGCUACUGAGUCUCAAGGCGACACUCGAGUUUGACUUGCUGCACGAUGCAGAGCUAGUGUCCCAGCCGCAGCUGCUGGCAAAGAAAAUGGUGCGUAUCAAUACCAAGACACUGUACACACAGAUUAAGUACAACCUGCUGCGGGAGGAGACAGAGGGGUUUUCGAAGGUGUUGUGUCUUCUGCACACUGGAGUAAGCAAGAGCCAGCUGGAGGAGACAAAAGCUGACCUGAUUACGCUCAUCGGCUUUUUUGACUUGGACGCAAACCGUGUGUUGGACUUGGUGCUCGAUGUUUACGAGAUGAAUCCGAGAAACGAUUGCUUCGCCCAACUUCUCGAGAUAUUCAAGCGUGAUAGCUUACCUCACAUCAUGGGUUUUAAGUUCCAAUUCUAUAAACGUGAUCCGCCUGCUGUGGAGGGAAUCAUGACGCCACGUUCACUCUAUCGCCUAGCUGCGACGCUGCUGAACAAGGGUCUCCUCGACUUGGAUGCCCUCCUGCCUCACUUAUCUCCGUCUCGUGCUGAAAUUAUUAAAGCGUCCGUGGAGCACGAAAAGGAGCUCGUUGAAAAAGCAGGAUCAUUGGGCCAGAUAAGCCUUGCCGCCAAAAAUGACUCCGGUAAAGCGGUGAGUACAGAGGAAGAUGCAGUCGGUGCUGAGAACCGCAAGCAGAACGCGGAACACAGCCAGGUGUAUGGACUUAUUAUCGGUCUUUUGGAGAUUGACGCGCGGGAACGCGCCUUUGAUAUGAUUUCAUGGUUCCAAAGGAGAGGUGUGAAUCCUUUUGCGUUCGGUCCGUUGAACAAGGAAGCAUGUCUUGUCGUGAAUGUGAUGAUUGAAGAGGUGUACUCGCCGCUUUCAUCUUGCAGUCUGAAGCUUGUUGGUGCCAACAAUAGUGGUUCAACGACUCUCGCGAAUGAUCUAGUGCUCCACGCGAGCAUGAGCAGUCAUUACGUUCGUCGCGUGGCUGCGCUAGACGAUUGUGUGUCUGAAGUUUUCCCCAUGGUGGAAAAGAUCGGGCCUCAAUUGUUUCACGAUCAAUUUCUUUUGGCCAAGCUGUUACGUAUCGUUGGCAAGAUGGUUGAUAAUCACGCCAAGAAGUCAAGCACCGCUGUUGGAAAGGAAGAAAAGGAUACUGUACUUAUAACGAAGGUGAAGUCACUUCUGGUAAACUCAUUCCUUCCGGCCAUGUCGCUACAGAAAUGUAAUCCGAGCUCAGCGUUCUUGGUGUGGGACCUGAUCAAAACGUUACCGUGCGAUGAGCGUUACAGAAUGUAUUUGCACUGGUUCGAGUUGUACGACAAGUAUCCAGCGAUGCGAUUAAAAGAAGCUGAGGUGAUACAGAGCACGCGUGGCAUCAUGCGGCGGCUCACAGCAGAUCGAGCAAAGUUGUCAGCUCGCAGUCUGACCCACGUAUCCCACUCGAACCCGCUGAUUGUUUUUCGUACGAUGCUGCGGCAGAUUCAGUCGUACGAUAAUUUGAUUCAGCCUGUGGUGGAGUCAUUCAAAUUUGUUACGCCAUUGGGGAUGGACGUGCUGUCAUUCGUUCUUGUAAGCGAAUUGUCAAGACCACAGAAGUCCAUGAAGUCUGACGGCACCAAUGUCUCACUUUGGCUGACGUCACUAGCGAAUUUCUCAGGUAGCUUUUAUCGCAAGUACCCGAACGUGGAGCUGGCAGGCCUACUCCAGUAUCUUAUCCAGCGGCUUAAAAGCUGGGCAUCGGUGGAUCUUGUCGUAUUAAGUGAGCUCCUAACGAAGAUGGGGUCAUGCUUGAGUUUAGAGGAUAUCUCGAUGAGCCAACUGGAAGCCCAAGCCGGUGGGCCACACCUUUGGUAUGAACCGACAGACCCCAAGUUCCAAAACCGUCGUGCCAUUCCCAAAUUACGCGAUGCUCUGAUCAAGCGCGAUUUGGCUUUACCGUUGUGCAUCUUAAUUUGUCAGAUGCGCAGCCGCAUUGAGUAUCAUGAGGACCGAGAACUGUCACAUCUCAAGCUGCUCGGGCGAGUGUUUGAUACUUGCCAGCUCACGCUUAGCCAGCUGCUUCAGUUUCUAGGUGGCGUUGUCGACCCAUCGGCGUAUCGAAAAAUGCUUCCGUCAAUUACGACGCUAGUCCGUGAAUAUAAUGUGCCACCAGAGUUGGCAAUGUCACUCGUUCGUCCGGCGAUGCGCAGUGAUGAUCCCGUAUUGCGAACCGCGCCGCGUGGUGUACACGCAGCUGGCAGUAUGAAUACAGUCAAUAUCGGGGCCAGUGCAACUGAACUUGCAUCGAAUGGCGCGUCUAUUGUGGAGAGAAGUUGGUAUAUGUACGAUCCCACUCUUUUGGAGGACAUCAAAGAAGCACUGCGCAUCAACAUCUCGUCAGGCGGUAAGCCUGAAGGACCCUUUACGGUAUUGACACCGGAGGUAUAUGCAACGUUCUGGGGUCUAAAGCUGUACGAUAUUCAUAUUCCGUUCCAGCAGUAUGAAUCCGAGAUUUUACGCUUGAGGAACUCCAUCACAUCCGGUGCAAACGCGUUACUCAGUGCAAGUGAGCGGAAGAAGCUGAAAGAAAAGACUACGCAGAUGAUUGAUGUACUUACGACAGAACAAAAAGACCAGGUCGUCCAUCGAAAACGUGUAUACGAGCGUCUGGAGAAGAUGAAAGGGGCGUUUUUCAGAAACAUACCGAAUGGUAAUCAAACUGCUAUUGAUGAGCUGCUGCAGAAGUGCGUAAUCCCACGCUCCCUUAUAUCACCUGAAGACGCUCUAUUCGCCGCCAAGUUCAUGGAGCGCCUCCACACUGUUUCGACGCCUCAACUUAGCAGUCUGCAGUAUUUCCACAAGGUGUGUUUAAAGGUAUCAGCACUGGUGCUAUGUGCGACAGAGCGUGAGGCAAGCAACUUCGGCUUCUUUAUGAAGGAGACACUGGGGCUUAUUUUGCGCUGGUAUCAGAACGGCGCGACGUACGACGAUGAAGCGGUCCAUGGCAAGAUUGGUAUGAGCUUGGAUCUGACUGACGAUACGAAGUGCAUUGGUCACCGCCAGUUUAAGGCGGCGUAUGCUCGUUGGCACCAGCAGCUAGAGCUUGUGUACACGACGGCUCUUUCGAGUGGCAAGUACAUGUCGAUCCGCAACACCUUAGUGGUACUCACGAAGCUGAUUGACGUGUUCCCAGUGGGUGACGGAACAGCUGAGAUGAUCUUAGCUAUUGUGGAAAAGCUGACAAAGGAAGAUAGGGAAGACAUUAAGAUCAUGGCCAAGCGAUACUUUGCUCUGCUGACCAAGCGCAAGACGUCACUGACUGACGACAGGCUGCUCCGUACUCGCAGUACUCCAUCUAAGCCCCCAGCUGUUGUAUCAUCUAGCAAUGACAGAAAGAGUCCAAUUGUUGAAGAAAGCAGUACGGCUUGCGCUGAUGAUACCAAAAGUAACGAAGGCAAGCGUGGAGGUGUAACUGUGCCAGCGCUGAGCCGUGCGGAGAGUCAAGAGGUUGAGAGUGGUGAAAUCGUGCUGGGAAAGAGCAGCAACAGCAGUGACGUUGCCCCAUCGCGGGUCAAAGAUCAAAACUUAGAGCGGGAGCGAGGUGGGGAUCGUAGUGGGGACAGCCGCGCCGGACAAAGUAGCUUAAUUGACUCCAGUCAUGACCGUAGCAGUCGUGCGGAACGUACAGAGCCAGAGCAUCGCCAAGACAGCUCGGCGGAUACUUCUCUUGAACACAGCGUGGGCGAAAAACGCAGUCGCCGAGACCACCGUGAUCGCGAGUUGUCUCCCGCAGUGGUGAGUCAAAGCAGUGCAACAAAUAGCCGAGCAUUCGAGUCACGCGAGCGCAGUGGAUCGGCAUCCCGUCGGUUCGAGAAAACAUCGACACCGCUGCGCAGUCGGUCAGGAGAUCGUGCCGAUGAGCGUAGCAACGUGAGUGCUAAUCGGUCUUUACGUGAAGGCGAACGUGUGCGCGAACGCGGACAAGCCUACCGCGGUAUACAAGGUGACCGUUUUGCCAGCGCGCGCCACAGCAGUCGCAGUGACAGUCAUGAUCGUCAUGAACGUACCUCGCGAAAUCGUGAUUCGAUUUAUGGACACGAAGGGAACGGUGUGACCAGGCAAUCAGAGCUGGUGGAACCGAGUUCUGCACGAAGUGAAGAACCCGUCAAGCCGGCUUUGUUGCCACAGCCCGAUCACGUGUCGGAGUCUGCGAAAUCGAAUUGGGGGACAAGAGGAGAGCACGAGUCUGCGACAGCUGAGCCUUCUCCAGUCGAAGUUCCGCACAAGAGAGUCCGACCUGCUGAGCAGUCCGAGGCCGCGUUACGUCGUCAGCUUACUGCUGACAAGGAGGCCAGGGCUAAAGAGCUGCUAUCUAGCGAACGCAACAGAACUGGACCGCGUGAUCGGAUGCGGCCUCCGCUUUCGUUGUCAGUGUCAGCAACUCCAGCAGCGAAGGUCCCGAUGGCCGUUGCUGGAACUCUUGCUGGUGGUGCACGUAAAAUCGUUUCACUGGUGUCUUCGUCUCGCAAACGUGAGCGCGAGUCUACAGUUGACGAAGCAUCUUCGACCAACGCCAUGGAAGGGAAUCGGCGUCGUGAUAGUGGCAGCAAUAUCAACCGAGGCGAGUUGAAGCGUGGACACGACGACAAGCGCAAGCGCAAGAUGAAAGGCGGAGGCCCCGAUGGAAACAACGGGAACCAGAUGCAACAGCAGCAGCACCAGCAGCAGCACCAGCAGCAGCACCAGCAGCGUGACCACAUGCGUGGACGUCAAGACCGAGGCGGGCGGCACGGAUCUGGAAGCUUUGACCGACGUAACGAACAGGACGAACGUGGCGGAAAUGGCAUGAGCGGUGGCAGUGGUCGUCGACGUGAUCGCAACGACAUCCGUGGAGGUCGUCGGUAG